GGGAGUUGAAAUGGUUAGUGACUGGGAGGUGCAGUUGUUUCUUGCAAACUGAGCGUAGGUGUUCUGAAAAGCGGUCCCCAAGCCUCUGCAUCGUUUCCCCAAUGUAGAGGAAGCCACAACGGGGACAGCGGAUGUUUUGGAUAUUUCUUAAGCAUUGAUUUUCAUUCAGAGUUGGUUGGAUUUUGCUGAAGCAAUAGACAUAACUCACUAUGACGUAGACAAUGUCAGAGUUAAUGUUUCGCGUCCUGUGACCCUUCCUCAGAUCUCACUCUUCACUGAUGCUGCCAGACCUGCUGAGCUUUUCCAGCAACUUCUGCUUUUGUUGCUGAUUUACAGUGCCCACAGUUCUUUUGUUUUUUACGACACAGACAAAACUUGAUCUCUGCAGGAAGCAUGAUGCUGCAUUCUCCAACUUUCCUGCCUUUUUGUAAUAUAAUAUUGUCUUUUUAGGACAGAAGUGGCUUUUUUUGUUUGUUUUAACUUCCGCACAUACUUUCUAUGCAGGUUAAAAGUCUACACCUUUUCAGUUCUCUGCUGCAUAAUGAAGACUUGGAACAAUUUUUUUUUAUAAAGUAGAAAAUCAGUGUGGUUUGUUUUCCAAAAUGUGAUUUGUAAGUGCAACACUUAACAGUGUGUUCAUCAAACUAUUGUUUCCUUUGAUCUUUGUGUUGCAGAAAUUUCUAGAAUCAUUUCAUAUGUAUUUUUCUUGAUAUAUUUUAGCAGCUUUCCUGGAGCAAGUCUGUUUUCCUUCGGAUGAGACGACUUUCAGACAUACUCCCUUUAUUAUGAGAUUUAAUUGCGGUAAAAUGAGGAGGAUUUUUAUUCACUGAGACACACAUGACUAUAUGUUGAAAGCAUUGGAAAAAGCGUUCUGUUCGGACUGUCAUGUUAUCUGGUGUUUGUACCAGGCUUUCCGAUGAAAUGCAAGUGAUUAAGGAUGCUACUGAUGCCACAUGUUAUUACAAGAGGAAAUGAACAUACAAGGAAAAAAGCCUUGAAAGUGCCGUUUUUUUUUGCAUGGCAAGCUGCUGAAUACGAACCAGUCUCACACCAUUGCCAUCACCUUGCCCUUGUGAAGGCAGAUAUGGAUAAAGUUUUCAAAGCUGAUAGAAAAUUGAAAGCACUCGCAUCCUGUGACCAUGGACACAAUCAUUGCCUUGGAAGCUUCAUCAUGAUACGACAUUGCAUUUCUGAAGAGGGAAGAAGAAAUCAACAUGCAAAUUCAAUUCCAUGGUUUUGGACGUCCCAUUGAGAACACGAUUCAUGUGCGCCGGCAUAAUGC